AUGCGCUUCUAUUCGGGCAAGAAUGCCGUGCCGAUAAAUAGUUCUAGUCCAGAGCCAGAAGCUGACACUGGAAGAGGCUCACCUGAGAAUUUUACUCUGUGGGACGAAGCCUAUGAUCUUUUGAAGGCAGAAAAGCCUGAACUUUUGUUUGAGUACGAAUGCAUCUUAUCACGAGUACUCGACGAAGACAAGCGAACUCCGAUACAGCGAGCACGAGAUCCGGAUAAUUCCAACAAUAUUCCCCAACUCAAUAUAUCAGAACGUCGUGAAAUGCUACAGCAUAUUGCUGAGUCCAGCUUUAAAAAAAUGCAAGAGGGAAAGCAAGCGACGUUCUUCGGAAAGAAAAUUGUGUGGCAAGAGUCGAUAGGAAAGCUCGGGAUGGGCAUAGAAUGGGUUCAGAAUUACGCCAAAGACGCACUCAGAGAUGUUCCUUAUGCGCCCGCUGCUAUGGCAUGCACAUCCCUUCUUCUUCCUUUGUUAACCAGCCCAUAUAAGACUGAUGGUGAAAAUAAUACGGGGUUUCUGUACGUCUCGUCGCAAAUUCGAUACUACAUCGCGAUGGAAACAUGUCUACCGUCCGACAUUCGGCAUGAUGAUAUAACGGCUAAGCUGAAGGAGCAAUUGAAAGGUUUAUAUAAACUUGUGAUUGACUACCAGGUGCAGAGUGUGAUGAAGUUCAAUCGCAACGCCGGAAAGAACUUCCUUCGGAGUGUGGUCGAUUAUGACGACUGGAGCGGUCUGCUGAAAAUAAUCCAAGAGGAAGAGAAGACACUCGACAGGAAUUUCCACCAAGCUGCAGCCGUGUUAAAACUACAGGACUUUCGGUUAAAUCUACAGCACCUUCGUGACCUCAAACAGGAGGCUCAAGAAUCACGCGAGCAACUCCAGGAUAUUGCCAGUUACGCACAGAAAAUUGAACAGCACAUGUAUGAGUCCGAAAAACGUCGUGUGCUGGGAACGCUAAAGGCUACCGACCCUUCGCUGGAGAAACAAUCCCUUGAGAAGCGUAAAGGCGGCCUGCUCGAAAAAUCAUAUGGUUGGGUGAUUGAUAACGAAGACUUUAAGAGGUGGAAGAACGCUAGCUCAGGUCAGCUUCUAUGGGUCAAAGGGGAUCCUGGCAAAGGAAAAACAAUGUUACUCUGUGGAAUCAUCAAUGAGCUUUCUCCAGUACUUACUGGUGACCCCAAUAUUGCGUUCUUCUUUUGUCGAGCUAGCGAGGAAAGCCUUAACACUUUCUCUGCAGUUCUACGAGGACUAAUCUUUAUGCUUGUGGAGCAGCAGCCUUCACUAACGAAUCACUUCCAAAAUUCCUUUGAUGGCCAUAAUUCUUGGGUCGCCUUGGUGGAGACCUUAGCAAGGAUCCUCAAUGAUCCGACUUUACACCCAACUUACUUCGUCAUUGAUGGGCUUGAUGAAUGUAUUGAAGAUCGGCAAUUCCUUCUUGACCUGAUUGUUGAGCAUUCGUCGGCUCAUGAAAAGGUCAAAUGGAUCGUCUCGAGCCGGAACUGGGUGGAAAUUGAGCUAUCUCUCGGCCGGGUAACGAAAAUGACACUUCAGCUGGAGUUGAACGAAGUGACCUUGUCAAAGGCCGUUCACUUCUUCAUCGAUUAUAAGGUCAAAAAAUUGGCCGACGCAAUUCCCAGGAAACCCGAGGUUUGGAAAGAUGUCAAGGACCAUCUACUUCAGAAUGCCAAUGACACAUUUCUCUGGGUAGCCUUGGUUUGCGAAGAGCUUGCCAAAGCCAGUAGAUUGGGGAGUGUUAUGGAGAAACUUGGAGAAUUUCCUCCUGGUCUUGAGAAUAUCUACAAGCGCAUGAUGAGCCAAAUUUCCGAAAUUAACAGCUCAUCUGAUCCUGAGACGUGCUUGUCUAUUCUGGGCCUUGUCACGACUGUUCUCCGCCCCAUCACGCUGGAGGAAAUGAUGGUCUACAUUGAAGUGCGUGGUGAUGUCAAUGACGCACUCGAUCUAGUUCGACUUUGUGGCUCUUUCCUAUCUGUUCAGGAUGGCACAAUCUUCUUGAUUCACCAAUCAGCAAAAGACUUUCUCACGAAGGAUGAGACAUCCAGCAAGAUAUAUCCCGAUGGGAAGGAGAGGGUACAUUACGAUCUAUUCUCCAAGUCGCUACAACUUAUAGGAAGAACGUUGAGAAGCGAUGUCUAUGGUUUGAGUGCACCUGGUUAUCCGAUUGAGCAGGUCCAGCCGCCAAAUCCAGAUCCCCUACUUGCAGUACGCUAUGCAUGUGUCUACUGGGUCGACCACAUCAUAUGCAGUAGGAUCGAUGACACUGAGAGAGCCCUCCAAGGAGGAGAAUCCGUGUAUUCGUUUCUUUGUCAGAGCUAUCUUUGUUGGUUAGAGGCCAUGAGCAUCCUCAAGAGCAUUCCUGGUGCCAUUGCAUCCUUGCAAAAACUGGAAAAGUUGAUCGAGAAAUGGACAUAUGAAAGGUCAGAACCCUUGAUAUACCAACUUAGGGAUGCCAUCCGAUUUGUCCAGUACACCAAGGUCGCCAUUGAAAGCAGCCCACUUCAGGUUUACCAUUCAUCUCUCAUCUUUAGCCCCAUGGAUAGUAUCACGCGACAAGGGUACUAUGACGGAGUGAUUGGAGGAGCCUUGAAUAAGAGAUUGCCGCUGAUGGAGAGGGCUUGGAGCCAAUGUCUUCAAACCUUAGAAGGUCACAACGAUGGGGUCGUCUCUAUCGCCUGGUCUCAGGAUGGAAGUCGACUCGCUUCAAUGACCAACAGCAGCGCCAGAAUAUGGAAUUUGGGUACUAACGACCGCAGUCUCGUCCUCGAAGUGGAUGGACCUUCAAAAUCUUCAAUCUGGUGGCUAGAUGACACCCAAGUCGCUGCGCUGUCGAAAAGUGCUAUCAAGGUCUGGAAUAUAGCUACCAGGCAAUCUGAAUCAAAGUUUGAGGACCAUUCACUCGACCUUUCUUGCAUGGCCUGGUCGUAUGAUCGACGUCGACUCGCCUUGGCAUCAGAUAAGUCUAUCUGGAUUGCGGAUCCAACUACCGCCAUCUUGGUACCAAUGCUGGAGGGCCACACGGGGGCUAUCUGGGCGUUGGCCUGGUCGCCAGAUGGGACUCAACUCACAUCAGGUUCAAAGGAUGGAGGCAUCAGGUUGUGGGAUGCAAGUACCAUGAAGUGCCUCCGUACCAUUCCGAGUUCUGAAUGGGUCAGGUCCAUAGAAUGGUCUUUGGAUGGUAGUCGGUUUGCCUCGAGCUCGGCUAAUGGUUCCAUCAGAGUAUGGGAUACCAAAACGUGGGAGAUUAUGUCACUCCAUGGCCAUAAAGGGUGGGUUGAAGCGAUAGCCUGGUCUCCAGAUGGAUCCAAAAUUGCAUCAGGGUCCUAUGAUACGACUGUCAAGGUCUGGAAUUCACAUACCAUGGAGUGCACCGUUACCCUUGAGGGCCAUAGUGGCAAUAUUUGCUCUUUAUCCUGGUCUCCAGAUGGAAGGCACCUUGCCUCCGGGUCCGAUGACAAGACCGUCAAAAUAUGGGACACAACAAUCAAAUUUCAGCCAACCAAAAGGGGCCAUAAUGGACCUGUGCAAUCGAUUACCUGGAGUCACGAUGGAGCCAAAGUGAUAUCAGAAUCAAUGGACGCAACCAUUCGGUCGUGGAAUAGAAUUACCGGCGAGUGCACGAUUCUCGAAGGCCAUAAUGGCAUACGAUGCAAGUUUUUCGGGAAUCACGAUGAAAAUAAAUAUGCAUCAACAUUGUAUGAUGGCGUCGUCCACGUGUGGGAUCCGAUUACUGGACAGGGCACGCCUUGCGGGGAACAUCGCUACGGUGUUACAGACAUUGCCUGGUCUCCCAAAGGAACUCAACUCGCAUCAUCAUCAUAUGAUAAGACAGUUCGAGUGUGGAAUCCGACUAAUAGUCGUGAGUUCUUGGCUUUUAGAGGGCAUACCGACGUGGUUGAUGAUAUUGCCUGGUCUCCCAACGGACGUCAAAUUGCAUCAGCAUCAAGGGAUCAUACCAUUCGGGUGUGGAAUGCGACUACCGGUCAAGAGGUCUCGAUUUGCAGAGAGCAUACCAACACAGCUUCGACAGUUUCCUGGUCUUGCGAUGGACGCCUACUUGCAUCUGCAUCGGACCAUCGAAUCGUUGUAUCAAAUCCAACCACUGGCCAGUGUAUCUUAAAUUUCCCUAUUGAAACCAGUGGCUUCCUUCAGUUCGAUGACACCGACCUAUACUUACUCCACACUGGGUUUGGCAAGUUCGAUAUUAGGGAUCUGGUACGUGCCUCGACAAGCUCCAAUGACUCAAACUAUGUACCAAAGCCAUAUGGGUAUGGCCUCAGCGGAGACCUGUCCUGGAUAACACAAGAUGGAACUAGGGUCUUGUGGUUACCCCCUGAACACCGACCUGCCGGACUACGUGCAUUUGACAUCUCAGGAAGAACUGUGGCCAUCGGUUGUGUCUCCGGCAUCGUUGAGUUCUAUAACUUCUAG